UAGCCACAUUCCUGUCGCUGUUGAAAUUAAGGUGGGGUUUUUAUUCCAAAGCAGGUAACCGGGAUCCCGCUCUCACACUGAAGACUGCAUGUAGCCUAUUGGAUUUUUUGCACCAACCAGACAAACCUAACAAGAAAAAAAAAUAAAUAAACGCUUCUACGCACGAUGGGAAUAAACCAAUGUAUCUGCAACCGACGAGGGAAAUUUUGCACCACUCUUUAACGUUUGCUUUAUGAGGAUUACUUUGGGCUGCUUUGAAGUAAACGCUGAAAGGAGCAUCCCAAAACAGCACACAAUAUUCUGGUGGUGUUUCCUUGUCAAAAGAGAUUAGACUCACAGCUCUUGGACUCCUUGUUGACGGGCUGGCUGGGAGGGUGAUGUCCAAUCCCACAAUGCACCUCAGGGCUUGAUAUCAGGAGUCUAAGCUGAUCGAGAUGGAGCGGCUGGUUGUAUGCAUGCUCUUGUGUGCAGCUUUGGUCCGGGGCUACAGCUGUCCGGGCCGUUGCAUCUGUCAGCACCUGUCUCCCACCCUCACCCUGCUCUGUGCCAAGACCGGCCUGCUCUUUGUUCCACCCACCAUCGACCGCAAGACCGUGGAGCUGCGUCUCACUGAUAAUUUCAUCACCAUCGUGCGUCGCAAAGACUUCUUCAACAUGACCAGUCUGGUGCACCUGACUCUCUCUCGUAACACCAUCAGUCAGAUCACGCCGCAUGCUUUUGUGGGCCUGAGAGCUCUGCGGGCCCUUCAUAUGGACGGAAACCGCCUGACCGUUAUAAAGAGUGACCACUUCAAAGGACUGGUGAACCUGCGCCAUCUCAUUCUGGGAAACAACCAGAUUCAUGAGGUGGAUCCUAACUCCUUUGAUGAAUUUGUGUCCACUAUAGAGGACUUGGAUCUGUCCAACAACAACCUGCGCAGCCUGCCCUGGGAGGCUAUAGGCCGAAUGAUUAACAUCAAUACUCUUACACUGGACCAUAACCUGAUUGACCACAUUGGUGUGGGGACGUUUACACUACUGACUAAGCUGGUGCGUUUGGACAUGACCUCCAACAGGCUCCAGAAGCUUCCCCCGGAUAGUCUGUUUCAACAUGCCCAGGUCCUGUCCGAAGUUAAAGGCUCUAGCUCCUCCACUUUGGCCGUGAGCUUUGGAGGAAACCCUCUGCACUGUAACUGUGAACUGCUGUGGCUGCGCAGGCUGACCAGAGAGGACGAUUUAGAGACCUGCGCCUCCCCAGAUCACCUCAUGGACAAGUACUUCUGGUCCAUACAGGAGGAGGAGUUUAUUUGUGAGCCUCCUCUCAUCACCAAACAUGUGGCUACAAAGCCCUUUGUGAUGGAGGGGCAGGGAGUUACUCUGAAAUGCAAAGCAGUGGGGGAUCCAGACCCAGAGAUCCACUGGCGUUCUCCAGAUGGAAAGCUGGUGCACAACAACUCUCGCACUAUCCUUUACGAUAAUGGUACCCUUGAUAUUCUCAUCACCACUCUGAAGGAUAGCGGUGCAUUUAACUGUGUGGCAUCAAAUGCCGCAGGCAUCGCCACAGCUGCUGUUGAGAUCAACAUGAUCCCCCUUCCUCUGUUUGUUAACAACACAGCCCACAUGAGGGAAGACCCUGGCCCCUCUGACAUCACCACCUCCACCAAAUCUGGCAACGAUACCAAGGGCUAUGACAAGCAGGACAGGAGAGUCAUGGUGUCCGAGCUGACCUCCUCCUCAGCAGUUAUCCGCUGGCCAUCAGAGCGCCACAUACCCGGGAUCCGCAUGUACCAGAUUCAGUACAACAGCUCGGCAGAUGACACUCUGGUAUACAGGAUGAUACCCUCCACCAAUAAGAACUUCCUGAUCAAUGACCUGGCAGCAGGGCGCGAGUACGACCUGUGCGUGCUGGCGGUUUAUGAUGAUGGCAUCACCUCGCUAACAGCAACGCGAGUGGUGGGCUGUGUGCAGUUCCACACGGUCAAUGAGGUCAGCCAGUGCCGCUUCAUGCACAGUCAGUUCCUGGGAGGAACCAUGAUCAUCAUUAUAGGAGGGAUCAUCGUGGCGUCAGUGCUGGUGUUUAUUAUUAUCCUGAUGAUACGCUACAAGGCCUACACCAGCCCAGAGGAUAACAAGAGCAAGUGCAGCUCCAGCAUGCACUCCCAGACCAACGGCAGCCAGCAGAGGCUGCAGCGCUCAGUGUCCAAGCAACCCUCUGAUGAGGGGCAGGCCCAGGGUCUCAAAGAGUGCAUGGCUCUGGUCCUGCGCGUGGAGAGUGACAAGAAGGAGGAGCCCACAUCCACCACUGCCAUCCUGGAGGUAGAGCUGCCCCCACUGUCCUCAGAGCGCAUGAAGAGGAGGACCAGCCUGGACGCACACUUCUCUGGGCCUCCCUCUGAGGACACACAGACAGACAGCAGCCUGACCGGCUCUACUAUGUCUCUGUGCCUCAUAGGGCCCAAUGCAGGUACCAAAGAGGCUCCCAGGCUCAAGGACAAGAAAAGUGCUCUGGCUAAUAUGGGACUGCUCCCCAACGAUCUGUCACGAACUAGGCACAGAUUUUCCUUUGAUGGUGGGGAUUACUCCAUAUUUCAGAGUCAUAGUUACCCGCGCAGAGCGAGGACAAGGUGGCACCGCUCCACCAACCAGCUCAACACGGAGUCAUCCCCUCUCGCAAACAGGAAAGUUACAUUCAGCAGCACUGAGUGGAUGUUAGAGAGCACAGUGUGAGGGAGGGAGCCCUGUAGCCUGUGUGACAGUGGUAUGCACAUGUACAAACAGACAGAAGCACACAGCCCUGUACACUGCACAUGAGACAAGCACAUUUACCAAGGCAAACUUUGCUGAACUGUUUUUCUCCAUCUUGGCUCCCUGUCGUAUUCCCCAGAGCUCUGUCGAUCAUGUCCUUACUUUAUGCAGCAGUGCCUUACUCUAAAAGAUGUACGAAUGGAGGAUGCUGCUCUCUCAUAAACUUUCCUCUCUUUCAUUGCCUCGCACUCUGACAUUUUGAGUGUUUCUUGGAUUUUUAUUUAUUUUUUACAUUUAUUUUUCUGUGACAUGCCAAGGGAGUGUGAUAUUUGGAUGUGACUGUUUAAGAUUAAUUGUUUAAAAAAUGAGUAAAACAACAUCUUCAUAAAUGUAAAGUGAAUGGCAAAGUAUUAUGUCAAUCAUGUUUUGGGUUCUUUUUAAAAAGAGAAAAAAAAAAAACUUUGCACAGAAGACACGAGAUACAAGGACAAGUAUCACCACCAGUCUAUACAAAUAACAGUAAUAAUGAAAAAGAACUGAAUUUUACAAAUGAUCAUUUAUAAUGUUAGCAUAGGGAGGAUGGACUUGGAAUUUCCUCUAUGGUGGCCAGACUGUAUGAUGUUGAAUAGGUAUUGUGUAUAAUAAUGGGUACUGUAUCUGGCUGGUCUAGAUAAAAGACAAAAGAUACA